AUGCUUUCCUCUUCGAUAUGCCGUAUCGCUCGAACUCCAACGGUCGCCAUUCCCGCCGUGACGCCACGCCCAUCAACCAUCGCCCUCGCUAGCUCCGCAACCAACCUCGCUGCUCCUCGAACCCAUCACCGCCGGUAUUCCUCUUCAAAACCCCCAGUACCCCCGAGUGAUGGCUCCAGAGGCAUCGAUGCGCCAUCGCAAGCUCCCGCAAAGAGUGUAAGCCCGACGAAAAAAGAGGACGCUGAAAAAAGAACCAAGCGCCGGGCCAAGGAGAGCAAAUCCAAACCAGAGACUUCGCUGAAUCUUCCUAGCGUUCCUUCUACACAGCAUUUACAUCCUCAAGAUAUACACGUCGCAUCUUUCUUUUCUAUUCACCGGCCCAUGUCCGUUACAACCACGGUACCUCCGGCGUCGACUUCCGAACUUUUUAAUUCCAUUUUCUCCUCGAAAAAGCAAUCGAAAGCGCGGCAAAACGACGUAAUCUACACCAUUGCUUCGGCAGUUAAUGUGAUUGAAAAUGCGAUUCCCAAAGGGCCUCACUCUACGGAAGCAAACGAUCUUCGUGCGGCUGUAACGCAGGCAUCGACGAGCAAUGCGGAACCCGAUGUGACACACCUUGAUGGCGUCCCAAUGCAGGAUCUGCGGAUAUCCGUUCAAGAAUUUGCCAAGAGACUCAGACCUUUUAAUCCUCCCCCACCACCUGUCCCUAUGGAUGAGGCUGAGCAGGCGAAGGCCAUGGAAGCGGAAGCCGAAGCAGCCGAAACGGAACAGAGUUACUCUACUGUUCUUACGAUACGUGAGUCUAGCCACGCAGACGGUUCAAGGAGCUAUGAGGCGUUUACAACACCAUUUGUUCGUGUAGAAGAAAUGGAAGCGCCGUCGGGCGUCGAGACAGAAACCAUGGGGGAGCAACAUAUUCCCGAGUCCGCGAGAUUACCAAGCCGUUUCUUAGAUAGGAUGCGGAUCCGACAAUUGCGAUGGGAAACUUUUAUGGAGCGGAGAAGACCCACGAUGCAUGCCAUCAGUGUUAAAAGACAGCGAAAGCUCAAGAUGAAGAAACACAAGCACAAGAAACUGAUGCGGAAAACAAGAACUUUGAGGCGCAAACUUGAUAAGACCUAA